AUGUCUUCUAAUACGCAGCAAACCAAAAAAAUGGAAAAGACAACUACAAAAAAGUCUGUUCAACAAACUGCUGGGACAGCAGCAAGCACAAGACAACGGGAAAUUCUUUCCAGCUUGACAGUUAGCGCAGAGUUAGAUGGUACUAAGGUCUACCACAACAUGGGAGCAACCAAUGGCCAGAAUAACAAUUCGAACCAUAGUCCCAUCAGUCAGGCUCUUACUACAGAAGAAUAUAUAAAGUACCACCUUCCAACGGUUUUGAGAUUGAUCCGUUCUCAAACACAAGCAGUUCUGGCAACAAUGCCAUUGACAGUCAAUGAAGGCAUCUUCUCGACAUCCAACCAUCCCAUUGCUGAUGUAGUGCAGAGCUACACACGUCAGCAAGCUGAAGGCAAAAGCUUUGCUGGAAAAGAUAGCUUAACAAAAUCGGAUUUCUCGAUGCUGGUCCAGAAAGACAAAAGCUACAAAGAAAUUCACUUGGCCAACAAGACAAACCUUGAGUCUAAGUUUGGUGAGACUGUUGUUGACCUUCUGGACUAUGACAUGUUGUCUGAUAUUGAGUCAGAUGAGGAGAAGAAUAAAACUAGAUAUACUCCUAGAAAUAGACAUCCCUUGAUGGAUGAAUACUUUACUGUUUUGAAGAAACAGAGACUUGCUAACAAGGGACCAGACGUCAUUGGCAAUUCUGUCUAUCCAAUUAUUUUGAGAAACACCGAGUUAUCCAAUGAGAAAAAGGCACAUGUUGCUGCUUGGAUUCACACAUGCCAACAAUAA